CAGAAGCGCACGCCGCGCGAGACGAGCCAGACAGCCGCUGGGAUAAACACGAGCUUCUUCUAAUACACACAAGAGACAUCCAGCCCUCAUAGCGGUUUCUCAAUCAUCAGUUUGUCAAGAGUGUCUGAGGAGAACUUUAAGCUUAUUCAGAGGAAUUACUGUCUGGACCGUGCGAUGCGAACUUCAGCUGUAUGUGAAACGCGUGAAUGAAGAGCAUCUCUACAGUGCACAGAGUCAGUGGUACCCUGAGCACCAAACACCGGACAGGACCUUAAUACAGAUGGAUACCUUCUUUGUUGAGGGAGCUCGUGUGUGGGUGCGGGAUAAGGAGCAGCUCCUGCCCUCCACCGUCAGCUGCUGCGAUGACCGGACCCUCAUCCUCACCACAGAUUAUGGAGAGGUGAUAACUCUGGAUCAGGGUGAGGUGAACAGGCUCAAGGUUUUCCCCAUGCAUCCCACCAGCAUCAGUGGAGUGGAAGACAUGUCCACUCUGGCCGAGUUACAUGAGGCCGCCAUCAUGCACAACCUCUUCCUGCGAUACCAGAAGGACCUCAUUUAUACCAACAUUGGCUCCAUCCUGGCGACUGUGAACCCUUAUAAGCAGAUACCAGGUCUGUAUGACGCCGAGGCAGUGGAUAUGUACAGCAGACAUCACCUGGGUGAACUACCUCCACACAUCUUUGCUGUGGCCAAUGAGUGUUACAGCUGUCUGUGGAAGAGACAUGACAGUCAGUGUGUGCUCAUCAGUGGAGAGAGUGGUGCUGGGAAGACAGAGAGCACCAAACUGCUGCUGAAGUUCCUGUCCGUCAUGAGUCAGAACUCCACAGGCUCUCCGCUCUCAGAGAGGACCACCAAAGUAGAGCAGGCCAUCGUACAGAGCAGUCCAAUAAUGGAGGCAUUUGGAAAUGCAAAAACUGUUUACAACAACAACUCCAGUCGCUUUGGCAAGUUCAUUCAGCUUCACUUUUCUCAGAGUGGAAAUAUCCAGGGUGGCUGUAUUAUUGAUUAUUUACUUGAAAAGAAUCGAGUUGUGCGGCAGAAUCCGGGAGAGAGGAACUACCAUAUUUUCUAUGCAUUGUUGUCAGGUGCUAAGUAUGAGCACAGAGAAAUGUACAUGCUGGCUGAUUCCCCUGAGGCGUAUCAUUACCUCAGCCAGUCCGGCUGUGUGAAAGACAGAAGCCUGGAUGACAAGCACCUCUAUGAUAGUGUGAUGGAAGCAUUGAAGGUGAUGGAAUUCACAGAGGAAGAGAUCUGUGAUGUCUUCAAGCUGCUCUCUGGGGUCUUACAGAUCGGCAACAUCGAGUUCAUGACUGCAGGGGGUGCUCAGAUUACCACUAAAGGAGUGGUCAGUGUCGUCAGUGAUCUGCUGGGACUCGACUCCUUUCAGCUGUCUGAGGUUCUGACACAGCGGUCCAUGAUCCUGAGAGGAGAAGAGAUCUGCUCACCUCUCACUGUGGAACAGGCAAUUGAUUCCCGGGACUCUGUGGCCAUGGCAUUGUAUUCCCAGUGUUUUUCUUGGAUCAUCGCCAGAAUUAACCAGAAAAUCAAAGGAAAAGACAACUUCAAGUCCAUUGGCAUUUUGGAUAUCUUUGGCUUUGAAAACUUCGAGGUGAACCGGUUCGAGCAGUUCAACAUUAACUAUGCCAACGAGAAGCUCCAGGAGUACUUCAACAAGCACAUCUUCUCCCUGGAGCAGCUUGAAUAUAACAGGGAGGGGAUACACUGGGAAGCCAUCGACUGGAUGGACAACGCAGAGUGUUUGGAUCUGAUCGAAAAGAAACUGGGCAUGUUGUCUCUUAUCAAUGAAGAGAGCAGAUUCCCUAAAGGCACGGACUACACCCUGCUGGAGAAACUCCACAGCCGGCAUGCCACAAACCCUUACUACGUGAAACCAAGAGUGGCAGAUCACCAGUUUGGUAUUAAACAUUAUGCAGGAGAGCUCAGGCUUGACUUCAUCUAUGACCUGUUUGAGCGUGUUGGUAGCAGGAAUGGAGAUGAGACUCUGAAGAUGGGCACUGCCCGCCGCAAACCUACCGUCAGCUCUCAGUUCAGGGACUCUCUUCAUGCACUGAUGGCCACUUUAAGUGCCUCCAACCCUUUCUUUGUGCGCUGCAUCAAACCUAACAUGGAGAAGAACGCAAAUAAAUUUGAUGCAGAUGUGGUUCUGAAUCAGCUACGUUACUCUGGAAUGCUGGAGACAGUGAAGAUCCGUAGAGCAGGCUUUCCUGUACGGAGAACCUUCCAAGACUUCCUCAGCAGAUACACAAUGAUCCUGAGGGACAAAAACCAUACGGUGGACGAGAGGAUGAAAUGUGCAGAUCUGCUUACGAAGUAUGACGUCACAAAAAAAGAGUGGCAGCUGGGAAAGACUAAGGUGUUCCUGAAGGAAGCUUUGGAACAGAGGCUGGAGAAGGAAAGAGAGGAGGUGCGCACAGCGGCUGGUAUGGUGAUCCGGGCCCACAUACUAAGUUAUGUGGCAAGAAAAAACUAUAAAAAAGUCCGGACCAGCACCAUCACUAUCCAAAAGAACUACCGCGCUCACUUCUGGAGACAAGCUUUCCUGCGUUUCCGCUCUGCUGCCGUGGUCCUCCAGAAGCACAUCCGCGGACAGAUCACUCGACAACUCUACCGGCAACUCUUAGAGGAAAAACAGAGGAGAGAAGAGGAGGAGAGAAUCAGAAGAGUGGAAGAAGAGAGGAGACGACAAGAGGAGCUCAGGAGACUUGAGGAAGUGAGAUUAAGACAAGAGGAAGAAAGAAAGAGGGAGGAGGAGGAGAGACAGAGGCUUCAAGAAGAGGAACAGAGAAGGAAAGAGGAGGAACAGGAGGCUUUACGGAUACAGCAGGAAGAGGAAGAGUCGAACAGGAGGCAGGAAGAGCUGAAGAGCAAACAGAUACUGGAGGAUAGAGAGGCAGGGCACAGCAGGAGUCUAGUGGAGAAAAAUCAUCACAACCACAAGAAGGACGUGUCCCACAGCCUGUGCCAGUACUCGUCUGAAGAGGAGAGUCGUCAGAUGGAGGAGAUCCUGCGGCUGGAGCGAGAGAUUGAACGGCUGCAGAGACAGAGAGAUGAAGGGGUGUCCUUGCUGAACGGCAGCUCCAGAGACGAGCUGCAGCAGAAGAGGGACGCCGAGAUCUACCGCCUGGAGAAAGAGGCUUCACGUGUGGCCACUGAGUUCCUGGACAUGCUGGACUUCGGAGGUUUGGAGCAGUCGCUCUCCAGCGAGGAGAACCUUCAUGACCCGUCAGAGACCACUGCACCUCUGGCUGAGGAAGAGGUAGAUGAAGGCUUCCACGCGGAUGACGAGUGUAUCCCACUUUGUGACUUCCCUCUCCCAGCUGCCGUGCCCAUGGACAAAGAGAUUCUCUCCAGUCUUCCGCCUCCACCGCCCGCCUUUGCUGAAAGUCUGGUGGCCACGUCCUCACCUGCACGGAUGGAGCGACCGAAAUCCAAUUCCUCCAUCAAACAAAACAGACUCUCAGACAUUCCCCCUCCUCCAACUACAGCUCCACCCCCUCCUCCAGCUGCACUGCCGUCAACCACAGGAGAUUAUAGAGUGGUGUAUAAAAACGCCAGGAAGACGAUAACAGAGAUUGUACUGCCAGUGGAGGAAACCAGCUUCAGUAUUCUGCCCGACACCGAGUCGGACUAUGACCAAGAGGAGUUUGAGGAGGCGCUGGGGAGUUGUGGGGAUGCAGGAAGUACUAAUGACGGACACCUCACUGACGAGGAAGUGCUACAUAGAUCUUCCUGUACCUACAACAGCACAGACUCCUUUAGAGGAAGUUCAGACUCAUUCAUUGACAGCAAUGACGAGAAUGAUGGAUAUGUGGACACAGACGAGGAGGUGUCCAAUGGUAGAGUGCAUCUUCUAAACGGAAGUGGACCUCCUUAUUUCCACAGCUACCUGUACAUGAAGAGUGGGCUGAUGAUCCCGUGGCGCAGGCGCUGGUGUGUUUUGAAAGAUGAGACCUUUAUGUGGUUCAGGGCAAAGCAGGAUUCUCUCAAGUCAGGCUGGCUGUACAAGAAAGGUGGAGGGAUGUCCACUCUGUCCCGCAGGAACUGGAAGAUCCGCUGGUUCGUCCUCCGAGACUCUAAACUCACGUAUUUCGAGAACGACAGUGAGGAGAAACUGAAGGGAACCAUUGACAUCAGAGCUGCCAAGGAGAUUGUGGACAACCAUGAGAAGGAGAAUGCACUGAAUAUUGUGACCGAGGACAGGACUUACCAGAUCUAUGCAGAAUCUCCUGAGGAUGCAAGUGGCUGGUUCAAUGUGCUGAGCCGUGUCCACAGUGCCACUCCAGAACAGCUUCUGCAGAUGCAGCAUGAACAGGCCAACCCCAAGAACGCAGUCGGAACACUGGAUGUUGGGCUUAUUGACUCUGUAUGUGCCUCCGACAGUCCAGACAGGCCAAACUCAUUUGUUAUAAUCACUGCUAAUCGUGUGAUCCAUUGCAACACUGACACACCUGAGGAAAUGCACCACUGGAUCGGCCUUCUGCAGAAGCCUAAAGGAGACUCGAGAAUAGACGGCCAGGAGUUCAUAGUGAGAGGUUGGCUGCAUAAAGAGAUGAAGUCCAGUGGGAAGAGCACAUCUCUCUAUUUAUUCUUAAUUCAAAUUCAUGUUUUAGUUAGCAAUAACAACACUGAUUCUAAGCACAGAAAUGUUUACAUUUGGAUAAAGGAGUUGUUCCCUGGGACAGAAAUAGAGAUGUUCGCUGUGUUCAUUGGCGAGUCGCUGAAGAAGACAAAAGCGCGGGAGUUUGUGCCUUCGCAAGAGGAGAUAAUCGCUCUUUUGCACAGACGUGAGAUGACGACCACUGUUUACUGCCAUGGUGGAGGCUCCUGCAAGAUUUCAAUCAACUCUCACACUACAGCAGGAGAGGUGGUAGAGAAACUGAUCCGAGGCUUGGCUAUGGAGGACAGCAGGAACAUGUUUGCUUUGUUUGAGCAUAACAACUUGAUCGACCGGGCCGUGGAGAGCAGGGUGAUUGUGGCCGAUGUGCUGGCCAAGUUCGAGAGGUUGGCAGGAAGUGAAGUGGAGGAAGACGGCCCAUGGAAGCUGUACUUCAAACUGUAUUGUUUCUUGGAUGUGGAGAGCAUGCCCAAGGAAGGAGUGGAGUUUGUCUUCAUGUUUGAGCAGGCUCAUGAAAGUUUAAUAAGCGGUCACUUUCCUGCCCACGAGGACACCCUCCAGCACCUGGCUGCUUUACGUCUGCAGUACCUGUAUGGGGAUGUGUCUCGGGUAAACUGGAGCUUGGACAGCGUCUACCCCACUGGCCGUUUGCGCAGCCGCAUACUUCAGUUCACCAAAGUAGGAGGCGCAGCCGGAUCAGGACAAACCAUGGAAAGGAGAAGGACGAGCUUCCUGGACGGCACGCUGAGGCGAGGGCUGAAGACAGGCACCAUGAAGAAGCAGCGCAGCAUGCAAGAGGAACAAAUGAUGGAAAUGUGGAUCAAGGAAGAGACUUCAGCCACUAGGGCCAAUAUUAUGGAGAAAUGGAACCGGCUGCAUGGUCUGGAUCAGCAUCAAGCCAUGCUCAAAUACAUGAACAUCAUUAAAGAGUGGCCUGGGUAUGGAUCAACACUGUUUGAUGUGGAGUGUAAAGAAGGUGGUUUCCCUCAUGACCUCUGGCUGAGCGUGAGUGCCGAGAACGUGUCUGUGUAUAAGCGAGGAGAGGCCAAACCUCUGGAGACUUUCCCCUAUGAACACAUUGUCUUCUUUGGAGCUCCUCACGCCAGCACGUAUAAGAUCACCGUUGAUGGGAGGGACAUGUUCUUUGAGACACCUCAGGUUGGAGAGAUCACCAAAAUAAUGAAAGCCUACAUCAACAUGAUAGUUAAGAAACGAUGCAGUGUCAGAUCAGUGGCCAGCUUUGGGAGCAACUGGAUCAGGUGAUGAGUGCUGACCAAUCAAGACGAGAGCGACUUCCUUCACACUGAUGGAAAAAUGAAUUCAACAGCAGGGAUGUGGAUUGAUGAAUAUAAGAUGAUUAUACAGGAACCAGUUAUAAGACAAACAUGUUGUUUUUUUGCGCGUGUGUAGACAACCACCCCUCUAACAACGUAUCAUAAUUGAUGUUUAAUAUACAGUAGAAUUUUGGACCAAUGAGAUUCCACUGUGGGUGGGGCUACCAACAGACUGUCCUGUCAAUCAUCCAAGCUAAAUUUAGCACUCGUUCCUUUAUCCCAUCACGUCUGGUUAGUACGUGGUGCAGUACUAGUUGACCAGCAAAUGUUCAUCGCCAAUACCUCAAAGUCCUGAAUACUUCAACGUGCUCUUUUCUGCUUUUGGCCAACUUCAGUUUCGAACACUCUUUGAAGUGAAAAGAUCCAAACACGGUUUUAAAUGUUACACACAUGACAAUGUUUUGUUGAGAGCUUUCAAAGACUAAUAGCCUGAGGUGAUUGCACACAUUGAAGGCCUCAACAGCCAUGUUAAAACUUGCCCAUUUGCCUUACUCCACACAAGGGCUGGUCUGUGCAGAUUUGUGUCAUUUAGAUGGCUUUCUGUGUUACUGUUUGUCUGUUACUGUUUCUCGGGUUGAGAGAAUGAGGAAAAGUUUAGUUUUUUUUACCUGUCUUGCAAUUUUUGUCCGUGCAUUCUCUUGUGUAUUGUGCAUGAGGGGCUAUUCACACAGAAAGCAUUUUUGCAUUCCACUGCAUUGCUUUUCCAUUGAUGUAUUUCUAUAUGUAAACAUAUGCUAGAUGUGCCACGUCUUCUGCAGUGUCUCAUACAUGACACAGCGUUCUGAAAUUCUUUUUAAAAACAUGCCUCUAGACUUUACGUCUUGCAGUUUUU